AUGUCUGGUUGUUCCGAUGAGGAGGAGAUUUCGUUCUCAGAAUCCGAUCGUCACCGUUACGAAGGAGGCAGUGACGGCGACGACGACGAUUCCGAAAUCAGAAAGAAUGAACAUCGCAGCAGCAGAAGAAGAAUGGGUAGUGGUUUUGGAAAGGUGGUGGUGCACCAAUUCACGAAAGCGAAGAAGCAAGUGCGCAGAAUCAGAAGCAGAACGAGUCUUCUCGCGAAAUCAGAAGAAGGUAAGGUGGUGAUUGUUGAAGCUGGCGUUAGUGGAAGGAGUGGGUGUAGGUUUUGUUUUUCGCGGCCCAAAGUGUUGGAAUCGCCUAAUGAGGAGUCUCCAUCGAGUGAUCCCAAUGACCCUAAUUUCACUCAUGCCAUGUUGAGAACUUUGAUGGACAAGAAUGAUUUCUAUUCCAAAGAAUGCAACCCCCACUCGGAUUAG